CUGGAGUUCCAGCCAAAUCACCCAUUCCUUCAUCGAGCUAUCAGCCUCGUAACCAACCAAGUGACACACGUGAGUCAGUGAAGCAACUGCAGAGAAUGUCUGCUGAUGAUAAUGAUGAUGAUGACGGCUGCCAGGUGAGGCUGCGUGAAUGAGUGAGAGGCGGCGUCACUGGCGUGAUUGUUUAUCAGCUCAUCGUUCACUCGACGUCUGUGUGUGAUGACAGGCUGCCCCUGCUGCAAGCGAUGAGGAUCACCGACGCGCCGAGAGGGAGACGGAACUUAGGCAGGCCAUCGCAGACACGGUAGUCCAAAUGACCCAGACAGUCUGAAUGAAGCGCCUGACUCGUCGGCUAUCUGUGUGUCUUUGCCUUUGUGCAGCCUGGUCUUGUCAACUGCAUCACGGCCUUUCUGCCCCUUUAUCUGCUCGGCCUGCUGUCCAACACGGCCUGGGACCAUGCAGCGCCCACACACACCCAUCUCACCAUCGACAGCACCAACAGCAACGAGCGGUCGGUGUGGCAGCGGGUCCCUCUCGCUCUCGUCACCCAAUGGGCCAACAAACUCACUCGGCUGACGGCAAUUACUCUCCGCUACCCCGUGGGUAAGGCUCUGUGGUGCAUCGACGUCUUCAUCACCGUGAUCGAGGGCCAUGUUGCCGGACGGCGAGCAGCCAACAUGAAUGGCGGCACCCUGCGGUCCAUCAUAUUGGAGGGGGUGCGAUUGGCUAAGAGGGAGAUGAGUACCGUCCGCCGACCACAGCAGCUACCCCCUGACCAGAUUGCGCUUGUCGUCCCCCCUCCAUCCCUUGAUGCGCUCACAACCAUCACCGGCCUCCUUUACGACCAUCGUUUCCUUGCCGACAGAGACUGGCGGAUGCCGUUACUCGAGCGCGUGGAGCAGGACAAGUGGGUUCCGGACGAGCUGGGCCAGUUCAUCUGCUCGUCGCGGUCGCUGAAGCACGUGGGCGGGGAUUUGGGAUUCGGGAGUCUGUGGGCCGUCGGCGGGGGGGGUGGAUAGAUGUGUUUAAGCGCAUGCCCGAGGCAGCUGCUGGGCAGAGAGGGCCACUUGCAGGCUUGCAGAGUAUCGGCCCCAUCAGGAUUCCGACUUACCAGGCCAGUGCAGCGGUCGACAGACUACAGGUAACUCAGCCAAGAAUACAGAUAUAUAGCUGCACGUGCCAGAGAGGUCUUGGUGGUGAUCGCAGCAUGUGUGUGUGCUGUAGAUGGCACUCGUGUCGCGUGGCUGCCGUCGGUCGCUCACUCGGCUGACGGUGUCGACGGGCUUGUACGGCUUCGACAGCAGCGUCCUUCCCCUCCUGCAGUCCCUCGAGUCGCUGCACAGCUCGUGCUGCCGACCCGACGCCGAAAUCGCCUUCGAGGCCCGAUAUGUCGGCAGUUUCGACCUGUCACUCUUCUACAGCGACCACCUUCUCCCUACUACGUCCCCUCUCGUCAUGACGACCAUCCAGGCGGCCGCACGGAACGCGAUACACCUCAACUACGACAUCAGCCAGCAUGGCUUCACCCAUCCCGUCGACAGCCCCAGCCAGGCGGCCAUCGACAUCGCCAAGACACUCACAUUCGACACCGUGAACGACGUGAUUGUCCGCAACGCCCAUGGCUUCGUCCCCCCUCCCAACACCCCUUCACCGCAGCCCGCCAUCAUCGACCACCUACAGCAGUUCCCAAGAGCCCGAGAGUUGCGCGUCGAGAGUGCUCAUGGUGGUGCGGCAGGACGGCUGUUGGCAGAGAAGAUGCCGAGUAAGGUGGUGAAGGUGACGUUCGGCGAGUACGUGAGUCUAUAGGACCGAAGUGGCGUGCUGGAGGCGCUGGGGUCGCUGAGGGAAGUAGAGGAAGUCGAGCUCUGUUCAGAUCGGGGUUGGCUUGCUCUCGCUAAGGGCCCCUUAGAUGGCUGGGCAUCGGACAGUUUCCCAUCAAUUCACAACAUAAACAUCGCGCUGGCAG